AAAUACAUUGCUGCACAGCGAGCUAGCGCUUCACAGUAGUCAACAUACGUUAUUACACUCCACACAAAUUGAGAGCCUACACAGCUCACAGACGAAAGAUACAAGCCAAACUUCUACAAAGAAUUCCAGGGUCAAGGGACAAUAAAGGGAUCCUAGUAAAUGAAGCAUGGCCACUGAAACCAAAGAAGAGACCCCUUUGAUCAAACACACAGGAGGAUGUCAUUGUGGAUUGGUGAGAUUUGACGCAAUGGCUCCAGCUGUUAUUACUGUAAUGGACUGUGAUUGCAGCGUAUGUGUGAAGAAACAGAACAGGCAUUUCAUAGUCCCAAACUCAAAGUUCAAACUUUUACAGGGAGAGGACAUGCUGACAUGUUAUACAUUCAACACACACCAAGCCAAACAUACAUUUUGUAAAGUAUGUGGAGUACAGAGCUUCUAUACUCCGAGGUCAAGCCCUGAUUGCAAAGGAAUCAGCCCUCAUUGCAUAGACCCUGGGACUAUACAAGGAGAGAUAGUUGAGAAGUUUCAUGGAGUUAAUUGGGAAGAAACCUUCACAGCAAAGGGUGGCUAUGAAACUUUUAAUAAACAAUAAAGGAAGAUGUAUUGGCUCUCUCUACUUCCUGGCAAUGAGAGGACCAACUCUGAAAUAUAUUGAAGAGUAGCUGUCGUAACAAUCCACAAUCUAAACCCCCCUUUUGCCUGGCUUUUUGGAUCCAAAAACAUCUGACACCCAUAUUACUUCGCUGAUAUAUAUUUCUGUUUAUAGAGGUUCACUCUUGCCUGGCAAGAUGUAUUCAUAAAAAUGUAGUAUGUAGUGGUAAAAACUGUCAAGAUUUCAGGAUAAUACAAUUAUGACCACCUCAGGUUCAACAAUCCCUCACCCCCCCCCACCCAUUUUAUGUGGUCUUCUGUGAUACAAGUUUGCUUAUAAUUGCAUAUCCAAAAUACACUGUACAUAAUUGAUCAAUUGUGUCAUUAUGCGAAUAGGCCUCAAUGAAAUUUAUUAUGGUAUUAAAGUUGUAUUGCAGUACUAAAAUAUUGCUGUUGGUUCAGAAUUUAUCAGAAUUUAUAUUUUAAUUUGUUUUUGUAAUCAUAAUAAUGUUUAAAUCCUGUGUUGCAUUAAAUGCAUUAGAUGGUAUUCACAUAAUUAGUUCACCACAAUUCCUAAACCUAACAUAGACCAUAUUUUAAUGAAAUGCUAGUUUCCUUUUUUCACCAAGUAUUACAAAUCAUUUUAAUUCUGAAGUUCUUAUUUCUUUUUAUAAAUGAUUUUUAUUAUAUGAAAGAAGAAUAAUAUGAUAAGGAGUAUAUAUUAAAUGUCAUUGAAAUAUCUUCAAUAGUAAAAAAAAAGUAAGAUUGACACUAAUCCAAGGUGGUGUGGAUUAAAAAAAUCUUGUUCAGUCUACAGUUGGAUUUACAAAAGUAUACAAAGCAUAUAUUUCAUUUUGCAGCGACACAAUAUUUGCCUUUUCCCUCAUUUUCCUCAUUUCUCAAGACUAAUUUCAGUUCUGGGUGGUGUUUUUAUAAAACUGUUCAUAACUUGAUUGAAAUUGUCACAUUUAUCAAGUCUAUCCAAAGAUCAGGUGUUUUCUUUUCAUGGGAGGACAUGUAGUAAAGGUAAAAUGUUUCAUAAAUAUAUAUCAUGGGCAAAGAGUUUGGAUCAUUUGAAUUAACAGAAAUAGAUGUUGUGGUGUACUUCCUUUGUAAAAGGGGGAAGUUUUAUUCAUGUGACCUCACAAAUUUUAGUCAUAUUGCCAAUGGGGGAUCCAUAGCAUUAGGGAUCUUGCAUUCAAAUGCUUGUAACUUUCUCAUUAAUUGUUCAAUAUUUCUUAAACUUUCAGUGAUUUGUUUCUUUGAUUUUCUGUUUUCAGACAAGCUUAGUUGAUCCAAGGGCUUCAUUCUCCUUUGAAGUCAAUUCUGUUAUGUUGUGGUAUAUAAUGCCUGAAAUAUUGUUUAUUUUUUUCAAUAAAUCGAGUCUUAUUGUCUCUUGUUUUUUGUUAUGAUUAAAUAUAUCAAAUAUAUUUUAA